GCCGCUCGGGCGGCCUUAGGAGGCCUGGGAGCGCUCCGGAGGGCUGCGUUUUUGGCGCCGGAGACCCUGAAAGUGACCAUGGACCGGAGGAAAAAGCCUUUGGACGUUACGGCCUCCUCGUUGGUGGAUCUGAAGGCGGAACUCUUCCGCAAACAAGAAGAAUUCAAGCAAGAAAAGCAUCUGAAAGAUUCUGGCGUUUGGGAAAAACCAAAGACAACGAAUAAGAAACCCAGCAUCUGGAGCAAGCAGAACACAGGAGUCUCCACCCGGGCAGAGAAGGAUGCCGAACAGAGGGCCGAGGAGCAGAAGACGCUGGACAGGGCGAGGGAAAAAUUGGAAGAAAAAGCCAAGUUAUACGAAAAAAUGACUAAAGGAGACUUUAUAGACGAGGAGGUGGAGGAGCUGUACCUCGUGGACUUCACCCAGAAGAUCAUAGACAAGCGCAGGGAAAUGGAGGCAUCCGGUGCCGCCAGAGAGUCCCGGAACACGGCCGAGAGGGACGAGGAGGACGACGAGCGUCUCUCAGAGAAAGACAUACCUCCCCCCCAGGACCCCGGUGAAGAAUGGGUGGAUUACGUGGACUCUCUGGGGCGAUCCCGGCGCUGCAUGAGGAAGGACCUGCCGGGUCUGCUGGAGAUGGACAAGAACCUGCAGGGGAGACUCUUCGUCAGUCCUGCCAACGAGAAGACCCUGCUGUCCGAGGACAUGAGGAAGGAGCUGCAGCGUCAGCAGUGGGAGGAGGAGGAGCGGGAGGCCCUGCAGCGGCCCGUGGGUCCCCUGCACUACGAGGACAUCCGGGAGAACGAGGCCCGGCAGCUGGGUGUUGGGUAUUUUGCCUUUGCCCGAGACCAGGAGCUGAGGAGCAAGCAGAUGAAGACCUUGGAGACGCUGCGCGAGCAGACAACAGAUCAGAGAAUCAAACGGGAAAACAUAAAGGAAAAGCGGAAGGCUCUGUUGGAAGCCAGGCUGGCCAAGCUGCGCCAAAAGAAGAUGAAAAAGUCAAAAGACGACGGAACGGAAGAGGGCGACCCAGACGCAGCCGUUAUCGGGCCUCCGGCUCCAGAACCAAAACCUGGGCCAACUCCGCCUCCUGCCACCCAGAGCAGCAAAGUCGAAGUCAUCAUCCAGGAGAGGAAGGACACCAAGCCCGGAGUGCCGCACGUCCGCGAAUGGGACAGAGGGAAGGAAUUUUCCUUUGGGUACUGGUCGAAGAGACAGUCAGACCUGCGGGCCGAGCGAGAUCCCGAGUUUGCCCCGCCAUCGGAUUACUUUGUGGGUCAAAAGAGAACUGGUGCUUUCAGUGGCCAGACGUGGAGCAGACCUGGACCAGCACUGGGUGACCCAGGGCAGCGGUCUGGCCAGAGCCAGGAGCCCAGCUCCGCACGGUCACCGUCCUCCUCUGCCCCUGGAGGCCCACCCCAACCCCCCAGGGUCACCUUUGAAACUCUGGAUGAGAUGAUAUCCUAUUACAAGCAAGUGACAUGACCUCGGAAAGCA